AUGUCGAGACAUAUUCUUGUUACUGAGAGGGCCUUACUGCAAACACGUCUUCCAAAUACAACGUACGAAAAGAGAACUAAAUAUUAUUGCUUUCACCUCGGAAGUCGUACCCCUCCAAGGUCAGUCAGGCACUGGCAUUCUUUCGUUGAAGACGUGAGACGCUAUGAAGUCAGCGACUAUAGUAUAUUUGCACCGCUAAACUUGAGGAACGAUACGGUUCAAAUCUUCGAUGAAGGAACCCUAUUGUGCUUAAUGGAUACAACCGUAUUGUCCAUAAUUCGUAGCAUAUGGGACCACAGAAGUGUUUCUCUUUUCAGAAUAAGAGAUUCUUCGAGAGUUGAUUGGCAUAUAACUGAUGACGAUGGGAGAGCAAUAGUUUGCAUUUCUCUUAAACCUUGCUGGGCUUUGACAACAAAUAACAACGUCGAUGCUGUUCAAGAGUAUGAAAGGGGUGAAAAUGACUUCCAUGACUAUGUUAACAACAUGUAUGAUUACAUGUUGAAUCUUGGAAUACGCUACGGGAUAUUGACAACCUACGACAAUACUUGGUUCAUGAGAAGGUCUUUCGAAGAUGAAUCUGUUCUCGAAAUAUCCCAAUGUCACAACAUCGAAACCGAUCAUUUGUUACUCUUAUCUUGGAAUUACAUAAUCCAUUUGGGAAACGUUUCUAGACCGUGUCAUCCGAAUCCGGACUAUGAUUAUGAUAGCUACAACAAUGAAAAUAAUCCACCAGGUCCAACAAAUAAUCGUUAUUUGCCCCGCUCUGUAUCCGACAACUCGGAUUACAACUCAAACGAACAAGGUUCAUCUAGUUCAGGCGAACAAUCAUCUGACGGAGACGUCAACUAUUCAGCAGGGGGGCAAUCGCAAUAUUCAAAAUUUGAAUUACAUAAGCCCACUCUCAUAUGGAGCGAUAUUAUUUGGAAAAGCUAUCUUAACCAUUGGGCAAAGAACGGUCCCAUUAAGCUUAUUGAAUACCAUGGACAAUUAAUGGUACUCAAAAUAACGCCCAUUGGAGAUGAAGAAAAAUAUAAAAGUCUCAUCUCAGAAGUCGAAAUUUACGAGCACUUGCGACCUCUACAAGGUAAAUGUAUCCCCCGCCUAUUUCAUUACGGAUACGCACUCGAAGAUCAAUUUUACGUCCUCGCUCUCGAAUAUCUUCACCCUGAAGAAAAGGUGCCGACGAGAGCGUAUAGUGAGCAGGCCAUGAACAUUAUAGCCGAUAUACAUGAUCAUGAUGUCCUGCACAAUGAUGUUAGCCUGACCAAUUACAUUGUUUCUCUGAAUAAGGCUACUGGCACUCGACAGCUCUAUAUGAUAGACUUUGAUUCUAGCAAGCUAUGUGGAAAGAACGAUAAUAGCUUGUGGGAAAAGAAGAAGAUGUAUGAGAAGCAAAAGGUUUUGGACCUAUUCGACGGUUUAUCAUGA